UCGCUUCUCUCUCCAUUCUCUCUCUGUAAUGUUAUAUCUAUAUUUAUAUAUAUAUCUAUAUAUAUGUGUGUGCGUGAGUCUGUGAUUUUCAAUUUCAUUGAAGUGCAGAGGACAUGAAUAAAACCCUAGCUUUCAAUUGUUUUCUUUGAAUUUUAGGGUUUUAAUUUUGAAUGUGGAUUGAGUUGGAAAGGUUAUGAAUGUUAUAGCAUUGUUGAUAGCGAAGUUUGAGGAAGAUCAUCAAUGGCGGAACCAAUGAGGAGAUUCGGAGUCGGUUACGCGCUCGCGCCGAAGAAGCAGCAAAGCUUCAUUCAGGUUUCUCUGGUGAAUCUCGCGAGAGAGCGUGGUGUCGAUCUCAUUCGGAUCGAUACGGACAAGCCCUUGGCUGAUCAAGGGCCGUUCGAUUGUCUGAUUCACAAGCUGUGCGGCGAGGAAUGGAGGAAGGAGUUGGAGGAGUAUUCGGUGAGAAACCCUAAUGUGUUGGUAAUCGACUCGCCGGAGGCUAUCGAGAGGCUGCACAACCGGAUUUCGAUGCUACAGGUGGUGUCGGAGUUGGAGAUUGAGAGUAGCAGUGAAUCGUUUGGGGUUCCGAAGCAGAUUGUGAUUUACGACUCGGAGACGCUCUUGGAUCAGGAGAAGUGGGGGGAAGGGUUGAAGUUCCCGGUGAUUGCGAAACCGUUGGUGGCCGAUGGGAGUGCCAAGUCCCAUAAGAUGUCGCUGGUGUUCAACCAAGAUGGCUUGAACAAGCUGAAACCGCCGAUUGUGUUGCAAGAAUUUGUGAAUCAUGGUGGGGUUAUCUUUAAAGUGUAUGUUGUUGGGAAGUAUGUGAAGUGUGUGAAGAGGAAGUCUUUACCUGAUGUGACGGAGGAAAAAUUGAGGAGUUUGGAGCCCUCCUUGUCGUUUUCGCAGGUUUCUAAUCUCACUACUCAUGAAAAGAAUGAUGAUAUAUAUUGUAAGAUGAUGAAUUUGGAAGAUGCAGAGUUGCCGCCGGAGAGUUUCAUUACUGAUAUUGCUUGGGGGUUGCGGCGAGCAAUGAAGCUGCACCUUUUUAACUUUGAUGUCAUUAGGGACACAAGAAUCGGAAAUAGGUACCUUGUUAUUGACAUCAACUACUUUCCUGGGUAUGCAAAGAUGCCAUCGUAUGAGACUGUCUUGACAGACUUUUUCUGGGAUCUUUUGGAAAAGAAAGAGACUGGUUUUGAUGAUACUCAGCAGGUGAUUAGUUGCGAGAAAGAAGCAAGGAAAUUGGUAGACAAUAAUGGCUGUGGUGAGGAGGAUGAUGGUUCCCUUCCAGUUUCACCUCUUAGUAGGGAAGAAAAGGAGAACUCCUUUCAAGUUUGACGAUGUGUAUCAAAUACACAUGGUGCAACUUGCUGGUCCAUCCGGCGGAAGAGUUGAGUCAGCAGAAUAUGCUCAAGUGCGGUGAUCCUCCUCUUGGUUUGUGGGUUGAAGCAAGCUGCCCACAUUUCUUUUAGAUAGCAGCUAGUGUAGCGGUGAAUAAGUAGGUUCUUUGCUUCAGUUUCUGCAUCCUGACGACAUACAAGCUGUUCCUUGUGAUCAUGUACAUUCCAUUGUUGCUUUGGAGAUAGGUGCUUGCUUUUCAGAUAGGAUUUGCCGAGUCUGAUCCAAAUGCCAUAAAAUUAAGUGGCGACGUGCUUGAGGAGUUACGAGUUGAGGUAUAUUUUGUGUUAGAUAGGCAUGACUUGAAUUCUAAAUUGUAGAAUGUGCAUCUGAUUCUUCUGUUGUUGGGUGUCCAAUGAAGAAAUAGAACCUAGUUCAGUAGAAGUUUCGAUAGGCAUCUCUGAAUAGAAUUUUCAUUCACUCUUCAGAGAUGAAGGAAAAUUGGCGAUUGCUUUAAUCAAUGUCCCCAUUUCCAAGAUGUAAGGAUUCGAUGAGGAUGAUAUGUAACAUGCAAAAGCCUUGUACUCAUACCUGAGUCCAUGUUACACAGUGGAGCCAAUGCAGAAACUCUGUAAAACAUUAAGCCCAGUGCGAAGGAGUUGCAGGAUAAAGAGUAUAUAUGACGGUGUCCUGAACUUUUCUUUUUUAAGUUUCUAGUUUGCCCAGAACAGAUUUGCUAUGAUGCUGUAAUUGCAUGACGAUGGACUUGUGGCACAUGAUAUCUGUUGGCAUAAUGUAACUUCAUUCAAUAUUCCCAAUCAAGUACUGCUCAAGGAUUACCACAGACCUCUUUUCUUGACAUACCGAGAUUGACAAUAAUAUGUUAUUUUGGGCUGGAUUACCUUUUAUCCAUUUGCAUUUAUUUAAGUUCCAUGUUUGUGGAAGAGAUACGAGUGACAUUUGGAAGAACUUUUAUGACUGAAAGGGAAUUGUAAAACUGGAUUGAGAAAGUUGUCCGAGGUUGUGAAGAUUUCUGUACUCGUUAGAUUAAUCUUCAUGUACAUUACUUGUGGAAACAUGAGUACGGAGAUCUGGCAAGGAAAGUCAUAUUUAAACUCUCUUCCUUGCUGGGAACUAUAUUGUGCCUUGUACUCGUAUACUUAUGUGAACCACUUGGGAGGUUUUGUUUAAUGAUUCUCUGAGAAUAAGGGAUGUUCAAUCUGAUACUUAUUCUGGGAAGAAAUUCCGAGUCUUGGCUGUUUGUUGAAUUUCUUUAAGAAGAUUUUCCUUUUGUGGUAUUUAUGUAGAAGAAUCAACAAUCACUGAUUCUCUGGAUUUUUCACCUAACGUUUUUCCAUAUUUUUGUGAGUUAUUUAUUCUCUA